AUGGAGAGCGAAGAGGAAAGAGUUGUGAUUGGCGGGGUGUCAGUCAUAUCGAAGGCGCAGCGCAGCAGACAAAAGCGAAAGCCCACAGCCGAAGCAGCAGCAGCAGCAGCAGCAGCAGCGCCAGCAGCAGCAGCAGCAGCAGCAGCAGCAGCAGCAGCAGCGCCAGCAGCAGCAGCAGCAGCAGCAGCAGCAGCAGCAGCAGCAAAGGACUGCGACGACGCUGCGGGCGAGGAGUUCGCCUUCAGCCCUGCGCUGCUGCUCGCCCCGCCCCCGCCCUCCCCCCACAGCAGCAGCAACAACAACAACAACAGCAGCAGCAGCAGCAGCAGCAGCAGCAGCAGCAGCAGCAGCAGCAGCAGCAGCAGCAGCAGGGGGGGGUUUGAGUACUUGGACCACACUGCGGAUGUGAUAGUGCAUGCGUUUGGGACUUCUUUGGAAAGUUUAUUUUCUUUUUUGGUUUUUGGAUUAUUUCACUACAUGGUGGACCUGGUCCUGCGACUUCGCGCAGAAGCAGCAGCAAACUGCGACCCCCAGCAGCAGCAGCAGCAGCAGCAGCAGCAGCAGCAGCAGCAGCAGCAGCAGCAGCAGCUGGUGGUGGAGUGCGAAGUCUGCGGGGAGGUCUUCGACCCCAAAAGACACCCCCAGGGCACGGAGGUCAAGGCAGUCACUAUGCACCAGCUGCGCGUGCUGCUGCUGCAGCAGCAGCAGCAGCAGCAGCAGCAGCAGCAGCAGCAGCAGCAGCAGCAGCAGCAGCAGUGGACUGUGGUAGAGGACUUGAGCGACUGCACAGACCUUGCUGCUGUUGCAGAGGCCCUUAAAGACGGCAGCAAAAGAUUAGAGGCUUUUGUUGUUCUAGAUAUUUGA